GUGACUUGAAUAUUUUAGGUUAUACGCGGUUUUGACAUUUCCGAAAUAUAAAUUUAUUUUGCUCUGUGCUAUUUUUAUAAAUGAUUUGAGUUAGAUUUUAGUGUUUAAUAAUGAGCAGUGUAAUCGUUUUGGCCCCAAAUGGCCGUAGACAAACUGUCAAGUGUACUCCUAACACCACUAUUCUGCAAAUUUUGGAAGAGGUAUGUAAAAAACAAGGAUUAAAAUCGGAAGAAUAUGAUAUUAAACAUCACAAUAAAGUAUUGGAUACCACUUCCACAUUUCGAUUUUCUGGAUUGCCUAAUAAUGCCAGUUUGGAAUUAUGUGAGAUUGUUAAAAUACGAAAAGAAUCUGAUAUAACAUUAGCCCUAAAUCUGGAAAAUGGAACCCGAUUAAUGGGAAAUUUUAAUCCAAAUGAAACCUUAUCAAAUAUUUUAAAACAACUUUGUCCUGAAAAUGCUACACCAGAUAAAAACCCUGUUGUUAUUUAUACAAGAAGAGAAAUAUAUGGAGGGGAUCUUGAAAAAACAACAUUAAAAAGUUUAGGUUUAACAGGUGGCAGAGCAAUGAUUAGAUUAAUGAAUAAGGCACCUGAAGAGUUAAAACAACAAGCCAAUGUUUCAGCUCCAUUACCCUCCAAACCUGUAGAAGAAAAGCCAUAUAGAAGUCGUAACUUACAAAAAAGCGAGUCCCCAUUUGAAAAAUCCGAACCUAUGGAUACUAGUCAACCUUCUACAAAUAAACAAAUAAACAAAACACAGGAAGAGCAACCAAAACCUGAAAUAAAACCUCAAAAGUAUGAAAAAAAUCCCAACACAGAUAUUUUAAAGUUGGCCAAAGAAAGAAAAAAAAGUAUGGAGAGAACAGCAGGUACUUUGGAAAAUAAAACGGAAAAUAAAAGGGUUAUUAACAGUGUUAAUGUUUCACAGUGUGAAUGUAAGAAUAAUCAGAAAAUGGAAGUAGAUUGUAGCUUAAGGUGUACCAAAGAGUGCUCAAAUGCUGAGGCUACUACUAAUCUAAUUGAGGAUGAUUUUGUUUUUUUGGGUACAAGAAACGCAAUGUUAUUCUCCCUCGAAACUGCCAACGCUGUGCCUCCAGAAGAAUUACCCGACGAUUUUUACGACUUAACGUUAGACGAUGCCAAAAAAAUUUUAAGGGACGUCAAAAGAAAACGUUUCGAUAUGGAGAACACGCCUUUAAAAACAUCAGCUCUAAGAAACUUGGAUGACAGCAAACAGCAAUUGCGCAAUCUCAGCAGAUACAAGAAAGCGAUUAUAAGAGUGCAAUUUCCUGACCGUACUGUUCUUCAAGGAACUUUUCUACCCACAGAUAGUAUACAAAGUGUUGUGGAUUUCGUGCGGGAAUUCGUUGAGGAGAAAAGUUUGAAUUUUUAUGUCUAUACAUCUCCACCAAAACUUAUAUUAGAUUCAACUAAAAGGUUAAUAGAAGUUGGGUGUGUACCAGGGGCCUUGUUGUAUUUUGGAACUCACGAAGAAAUAAAACAGGAGGAAUAUUUAAGACAUGAUUUGAGAAAUAAAUUUACUACAUCUUCUGUGGCAUCACUAGCAGCUACAAAAAUAAGAACUGCCAAUACAAGAAAUACUUGCACAGCAAUGGAGGAAGAUGAUUUUGAUGUGGAUGAAAAUACUUCACCAGAACCUGGUGUGAAUGAUGGAGCCAGUACAAGUUCUGGAAUCACCCAUCAGCCCACCGCAGCCCAAGAAAAUUAUGGAAAAAAAGUUCUAAAAACUACUGAAAAUGUGCCUAAAUGGUUUAAACCAUCAAAAUAAAAUGCUUAAUUUAUUUUUUUGUUAAUUUGGUUCGUAUUUAAUAAUAUAUUUUUUUAUUUUUAAUCCAGC